AUGUCUCGAAGGACGUCUGCUAUGCCUUCGAAUCCGUCUACAAACAGCGGUGUCCCAGCUUCUUCCGAUGGAGGUCAGGAAAAGCAGAAGAUGCUGCUUUCAUCGGAUACAGGUCACUUCAGCAUGGUCAGAGCACUUCACCUGGCGGAUCUAGUGACUGAGCUUAAUGGACUCUGCGGAGUGAUGUCCGUCUUCUCUUCCCUGCGCUACUGUCUCGGCGACCCUCAUGAUUACGGCGCGAUUUGGCUUGCCCUCGGAUUCAUGCCUUUUGGGCUUUUCUUCGAUUUCAUGGACGGGCGGAUUGCUAGGUGGAGGAAGAAGUCGUCAUUGAUGGGGCAGGAACUGGACUCUUUGGCAGACUUGAUCUCCUUCGGUAUGGCUCCGGCUGCGGCAGCCUUCGCUCUAGGAAUUCGCACGCCUCUCGACCACCUAUUCCUAUCCUUCUUCGUCUUGUGCGGCUUGACACGCCUCGCUCGAUUCAACGUGACCGCCGCUGUUCUCCCUAAAGACAAGACCGGAAAGUCAAAGUACUUCGAGGGCACGCCCAUUCCCACUACACUGUCUAUCGCUGGGUUCAUGGCCUACUGGGUUUCGCAAGAAUGGAUUUUGGAAGAUCUACCUCUGGGCGUCGCCGCCCAAGGCACCAUGUUUGAGUUUCAUCCGAUUGUUCUGCUCUUUGUUCUGCAUGGGUGCCUCAUGGUCAGCAAGACCCUGCAUAUCCCGAAGCCAUAG